GGCUGCUACAGCUUGUCUGAGCUCAGAUAGGAUGGGAAUGUUCGAAUGGUUUGGUGCUCUGCAGAUCCUGGGGAGGUAGAGGCACUGUGUUUACUGACUGAGCUCAGAAGAGGUGGAAAAUAUGAUUUUUUUGGUGUUUGUUUCAGACUACAGGUGGAAUGAAGUCAAAAGAUCCCACCCAACCCAGGAGAAGCUGUGUGAGAGCACAUGGACAGGCCAGCCCUCCAGGCUGCAAGAAACCUUGAUGGAUACCCGGACGGCUACAGCUGAGCUAGGCUGGACUGCGAAUCCUUCUUCAGGGUGGGAAGAGGUCAGCGGCUACGACGAGAACCUGAACACCAUCCGCACUUACCAGGUGUGCAACGUCUUCGAGCCAAACCAGAACAACUGGCUCCUCACAACAUUCAUAAACCGACGGGGCGCCCACCGCAUUUACACUGAAAUGCGCUUCACUGUGCGGGACUGCAGCAGCCUCCCCAAUGUUCCUGGGUCCUGCAAAGAAACCUUUAACCUGUACUACUAUGAGACAGAUUCUGUCAUUGCCACCAAGAAGUCAGCCUUCUGGACGGAGGCACCCUACCUCAAAGUGGACACCAUUGCGGCUGACGAGAGCUUCUCCCAGGUGGAUUUCGGUGGCAGGUUGAUGAAGGUGAACACAGAAGUGAGAAGCUUUGGACCUCUCACCCGCAAUGGCUUUUACCUCGCCUUCCAGGACUAUGGGGCUUGUAUGUCAUUGUUGUCAGUCAGGGUCUUCUUCAAGAAAUGUCCUAGCGUGGUGCAGAACUUUGCCAUCUUCCCAGAGACUAUGACUGGGGCAGAGAGCACCUCGCUUGUGAUUGCACGUGGCACAUGUAUCCCCAAUGCUGAGGAGGUGGAUGUGCCCAUUAAACUGUACUGCAAUGGUGAUGGGGAAUGGAUGGUUCCCAUUGGGCGCUGUACUUGCAAAGCUGGAUACGAGCCUGAGAACAAUGUGGCCUGCAAAGCUUGUCCAGCAGGGAUGUUCAAGGCCAACCAGGGGGCAGGGAUUUGUGCCCAGUGUCCCACCAACAGUCGCUCCACAGCAGAGGCCUCUCCCAUCUGCACCUGCCGCAAUGGCUACUACCGCGCUGAGUUCGACCCGCCAGAGGCAGCGUGCACCAGUGUCCCAUCCGGUCCCCGCAAUGUUAUCUCCAUUGUCAAUGAAACGUCUAUCAUCCUAGAGUGGCACCCACCCCGGGAGACAGGCAGCCGUGAUGACGUGACCUACAACAUUGUCUGUAAGAAGUGUCGGGCUGACCGCCGCAGCUGCUCCCGCUGUGAUGACAAUGUAGAGUUUGUACCCAGGCAGCUGGGUUUGACAGAGACUCGGGUUUUCAUCAGCAACCUUUGGGCCCAUACGCCGUAUACCUUCGAGAUCCAGGCCGUCAAUGGUGUUUCCAACAAGAGCCCCUUUCCUCCACAGCACGUCUCAGUGAACAUCACCACAAACCAAGCCGCUCCCUCCACUGUGCCCAUCAUGCACCAGGUAAGUGCCACCAUGAGGAGCAUCACGCUGUCGUGGCCUCAGCCGGAGCAGCCCAACGGCAUCAUCCUGGACUAUGAGAUCCGUUACUAUGAGAAGGUGAGCCGGAUCUGCACCCCCGAGAUUAGCAGCACUGUGGGCUCAAGACCAGCCACCGACCACAACGAGUACAACUCAUCCAUGGCCCGGAGUCAAACCAAUACGGCCAGGAUCGAUGGGCUGAGGCCUGGGAUGGUGUACGUGGUCCAGGUGCGAGCCCGGACUGUGGCUGGCUAUGGGAAAUACAGUGGGAAAAUGUGCUUCCAGACGCUGACGGAUGAUGACUACAAGUCCGAGCUGAGAGAGCAAUUGCCUCUCAUUGCGGGGUCUGCAGCAGCUGGUGUGGUCUUCGUUGUCUCCCUGGUGGCUAUUUCAAUUGUCUGCAGCAGGAAGCGUGCUUACAGCAAAGAGGCAGUGUACAGUGAUAAAUUACAGCACUACAGCACUGGCCGAGGCUCUCCAGGAAUGAAGAUCUACAUUGAUCCCUUCACUUAUGAAGACCCAAAUGAGGCUGUCCGCGAGUUUGCCAAGGAGAUUGACGUGUCCUUCGUGAAGAUUGAAGAAGUCAUUGGAGCAGGGGAGUUUGGUGAAGUGUAUAAAGGACGUCUGAAACUACCCAGCAAGAGGGAAAUCUAUGUAGCUAUAAAGACAUUAAAGGCUGGCUACUCUGAGAAGCAGCGUAGGGAUUUCCUGAGUGAAGCCAGCAUCAUGGGACAGUUUGACCACCCGAAUAUCAUUCGGCUGGAAGGAGUGGUGACCAAAAGCCGGCCAGUCAUGAUCAUCACAGAGUUUAUGGAGAAUGGAGCUCUGGACUCCUUUCUGAGGCAAAAUGAUGGGCAGUUCACAGUAAUCCAGCUAGUGGGGAUGCUCAGAGGGAUCGCUGCUGGCAUGAAGUACCUUGCAGAGAUGAAUUACGUGCACCGGGACCUUGCUGCCAGGAACAUCCUGGUCAAUAGUAACCUGGUGUGCAAAGUAUCUGACUUUGGCCUCUCACGCUACCUGCAAGAUGACACCUCUGACCCAACGUACACCAGCUCCUUGGGUGGGAAGAUCCCAGUAAGGUGGACAGCCCCAGAGGCCAUUGCCUACCGCAAGUUCACCUCUGCCAGCGACGUGUGGAGUUAUGGCAUCGUCAUGUGGGAAGUGAUGUCAUUUGGAGAGAGGCCGUACUGGGACAUGUCCAACCAAGAUGUAAUCAAUGCAAUUGAGCAAGAUUACCGGCUACCACCUCCUAUGGACUGCCCAGCUGCAUUGCACCAGCUUAUGCUAGACUGCUGGCAAAAAGACCGCAACACCCGACCCCGCUUCACUGAAAUAGUCAACACCCUCGAUAAAAUGAUCCGCAACCCGGCAAGCCUCAAAACUGUGGCUACCAUCACCGCUGUGCCUUCUCAGCCACUGCUAGACCGCUCCAUCCCAGAUUUCACUGCCUUUACCUCAGUAGAAGAUUGGUUAAGCGCCAUUAAAAUGAGCCAGUACAGAGACAACUUCCUGACUGCUGGCUUCACCUCCCUCCAGCUCGUUGCCCAGAUGACAUCAGAAGAUCUCCUGAGAAUAGGGGUGACUUUGGCUGGACACCAGAAGAAGAUACUGAACAGUGUCCAAUCUAUGAGAGUACAGAUGAGUCAGUCUCCAACCUCGAUGGCAUGACAUCUCUCAUUUGAUGGGGAUGGGAAAGGGAGGGGAAGCAAUGAAGGGCCAGAGGUGGGGUGGGGAGGAACUAACUGACAAAGCAGUGAAACAUUUGGAGAGGUUGAAUUAUUGUCUGAGAACUGUAACAGCUGCAGACAAAGAAUACACGGGACUCAUUUCUAACCGGCAACUUCCGUUUCUCACCAACAGAAGCACACUUACCAAUGUCAUGGGAAACAGCAUAUACAUAGAUAUAAAUAUGUACAAAUCAUAUAUUUAAAAGACAAUGAAGACAAACCAAUGUGUGUUGGGGGAAAAAAAAUAACGGACUCCAAUCCCACCACCAGUGAGCAGUAGUUGAAACUGAUAAGAAA